GAGCCGGAGUCAGGGCCGAGCGCGGCGGCGGAGCUGGGAGCGGGGAUCUGGGAGCCGGGAGCCGGGACCUAGCGGGCGAGGUUGGCGGCGGCGGCGCGGGAAGAUGGUGGCGGCGCUGGAGGUAGGAGCGACGGGCGCGGUGUCACCCGGCCGGCCUGCGGGGUCGUUGGCGCCGGCUGUCAGGCCAGCCCAGCGGAGCACAAUGAGCGCGCACUGAGCCGGCGCAGCCCUUCUCGAGCCGCCCCCCACGCCCGCCCACCAUGAACCCCUCGGAGGGGCCCGCGGAGGAGGCGGCGGCGGCCGGGGAGCUGAACGAGGCGGUGGAAGCCGACCUGGGGCGGCCCGCGAGCGACAGGGAGCCGCCGCGUCCGGGAGACCGACGCCCGCGGGCCCGCGCCCUCGAGGAGCCGCGCGCGCAGCCGGGGCCGCUGGAGGAGGAGGAGCGCGGGGAGAGCCUGGCGCGCUCGGCCAGCACGGAAAGCGGCUUCCACAACCACACGGACACGGCCGAGGGCGACGUGCUGGCCGCGGCCCGCGACGGCGACCGCGACGGCGACGGCGACGAGGCGGAGCGCGCGCAGGAGCCCGAGGACGAGAGCGCCUACGCCGUGCAGUUCCGGCCCGAAGCGGAGGAAUAUACGGAGCAGGCGGAGGCCGAGCACGCCGAGGCCACGCAGCGCCGCGCGCUGCCCAACCACCUGCACUUCCACUCGCUGGAGCACGAGGAGGCCAUGAACGCGGCCUACUCGGGCUACGUCUACACGCACCGGCUCUUCCCGCGCGGCGGCGACGGGGACGACGAGCCCUACGCCGAGCCGUACGCCGACUACGGCGGCCUGCAGGAGCACGUGUACGAGGAGAUCGGCGACGCGCCCGAGCUGGAGGCGCGCGCCGGGCUGCGGCUGUUCGAGCGCGACGAGGCGGCCGCCUACCGCCAGGAGGCGCUGGGCGCCCGGCUGCACCACUACGACGAGCGCUCGGACGGCGAGUCCGACAGCCCCGAGAAGGAGGCGGAGUUCGCGCCCUACCCGCGCAUGGACAGCUACGAGCAGGAGGAGGACAUCGACCAGAUAGUGGCCGAGGUCAAGCAGAGCAUGAGCUCGCACAGCCUGGACAAGGCGGCCGAGGACAUGCCCGAGGCGGAGCAGGACCUGGAGCGCGCCCCCAGCCCCGGAGGGGACCCCGGCGGGGACGCGGGCAGCCCGGAGCCGCGGCGGGCUGCGGGCUCGGCGGGCGGGGACCCCGCGGCCCCGCGCUACAGCCAGGAGAAGCGGGACGCCAUCUCGCUGGCCAUCAAGGACAUCAAGGAGGCCAUCGAGGAGGUGAAAACCAGGACCGUGCGUUCGCCUUACACCCCCGACGAACCCAAAGAGCCCAUCUGGGUCAUGCGGCAGGACAUCAGCCCCACUCGGGACUGCGACGACCCCAGGCUGCCUGAUGCAGAUGCGGAUUCUCCAUCUCCUGGCAGCUCCUCACCCCUGGGUGCAGAGUCUUCAAGCAUACCCCUUCAUCCCAGCGACCCUACAGAGGCCUCCACCAACAAGGAGUCAAGAAAAAGUUUGGCUUCCUUCCCAACCUAUGUUGAAGUUCCAGGACCCUGUGACCCUGAAGACUUGAUCGAUGGAAUCAUUUUUGCUGCCAACUACCUUGGCUCCACCCAGUUGCUCUCAGACAAAACUCCCUCCAAAAAUGUGCGCAUGAUGCAGGCCCAGGAAGCGGUGAGCAGGAUCAAGAUGGCCCAGAAAUUAGCCAAAAGCAGGAAGAAGGCCCCCGAAGGCGAGUCUCAGCCCAUGACUGAGGUUGAUCUCUUCAUCUCCACCCAGAGAAUCAAAGUGCUGAACGCCGACACACAGGAGACAAUGAUGGACCACCCGCUGAGAACCAUCUCCUACAUUGCUGACAUUGGCAACAUCGUGGUGCUGAUGGCACGCCGGCGCAUGCCCCGCUCCAACUCCCAGGAGAAUGUGGAGGCCUCGCACCCUGCACAGGAUGGCAAGCGGCAGUACAAGAUGGUCUGCCAUGUGUUCGAGUCCGAGGAUGCGCAGCUGAUCGCACAGUCCAUCGGGCAGGCAUUCAGCGUGGCCUACCAGGAGUUCCUCCGGGCCAACGGCAUCAACCCCGAGGACCUCAGCCAGAAGGAGUACAGCGACCUGCUCAACACCCAGGACAUGUACAACGAUGACCUGAUCCACUUCUCCAAGUCGGAGAACUGCAAAGAUGUUUUCAUCGAGAAGCAAAAAGGAGAGAUCCUGGGUGUGGUGAUUGUGGAGUCUGGCUGGGGCUCCAUUUUGCCCACUGUGAUCAUAGCCAACAUGAUGCAUGGGGGCCCUGCAGAGAAGUCGGGGAAGCUCAACAUCGGGGAUCAGAUCAUGUCCAUCAAUGGCACCAGCCUGGUGGGCCUACCUCUGUCCACCUGCCAGAGCAUCAUCAAGGGCCUGAAGAACCAGUCCCGGGUGAAGCUGAACAUCGUGCGCUGUCCUCCAGUCACGACUGUGCUCAUCCGGAGGCCUGACCUGCGCUACCAGCUGGGCUUCAGUGUCCAGAACGGGAUCAUCUGCAGCCUCAUGCGUGGAGGUAUCGCUGAGCGGGGCGGCGUGCGUGUGGGGCACCGCAUCAUCGAGAUCAAUGGGCAGAGCGUGGUUGCCACACCCCACGAGAAGAUCGUCCACAUCCUCUCCAACGCCGUGGGGGAGCAGAUCCACAUGAAGACCAUGCCGGCCGCCAUGUACAGACUGCUGACGGCACAGGAGCAGCCCGUGUACAUCUGAGUUGCCGCCCACAUCUGCAUGGAGGACCCCCCUCGCUUGUGGUUGUGUUUCUCGUGCUGCGUCCGUGUGUCCACUGAGGCCUCGCCCUCGCACCCAGCACUCGCCCCACACAGGAAGAAAGGCAGCUGCAAAGGCCUCUUUGCUCCCUGUCUCUGCCCAGUUUUUUUUUUUUUCCUAACACCAAGGACGUUCCAUCUGCACUCACUUGAGCCAGCACCCACCCACCAGGUUUCCACCCAGGACCUUCCAAGGGGGGCAGCUGCUGCCCGGGGCAGGGAGGAAGCUGAUUCAGCAGUGCCUAAAUGCCAUCACCCAAGUCCUCCUGACCGUUCACAGCCACCCUGUCCACAUUGUCAAGCCUGGAGCUUCUGAGCUGACCUCCACAGCUCCUUUUGCUUUCCGUCACACUUCUGUUUUCUGGUCGGGGCCUUAUCACCGAGGAACAGGAAGGUAGCUGUCUCUGACAAUUACAGGCUGCAGAGGGCUCAGCCCUUUCUGCUGGUCUCCUGAAGUAGAGAUAUCCCCCCUCACUUGCUGAUCAUCUUCCCCUCCUCCCCAUGACGUGAAGCACAAUGUUCCCUGAAAAGCCCACUUCAAGGGGGAGGAAGACGGUCCCUUUCCUGGAGAGGUCAGCCCCCAAGGGCCAGGAAGCCCCGUGCUGUGUCUGGCAGUGGUCUUGCUCUGCCCACACACACUCUCAGCCUCUGGGAAAGGUGGACGCUCCCCUUUAAAGACAAAGAUCUGGGCACAUCCUGGUCUGCUUCCUGGCCCCGGGGAAGCACCCUCGGUGUCCCCCAGAAAUGUCCUCUGCCUGCUUUGUGGGCUGAGGGUUUGCAGCUGGCAUGGGGAGUUUCCACCAGGUGUCUCCUUCCUGGGGCCUGUCUCAGCUGAGUGCAGAUAUUUUUGGUAAUAUGACUCUUCUGAGCCAGUCUUCACAUACUCUUGGUCCAAAGAGCACUUUGUUUUUUUCAUGUUUGGGUGGGUUGUGGCUUGGCUUGGUUUUUGUUCUGUUCUGUUCAUGACCUCAGUAGAGACAGGGGAAGAGAAGUGAAUAUAUUUUGUAAAAAUUAAUAUAGCCCUGUUCUCUGCAUCCAGGAUAUCUAUGUUGUGUCUGUGGAAACAGGAAUGCGGGCAAGCAUACGUGGGUAGUAAGUAUCUAUAGAUGUUGGGGGAGGGAGAGAAUGACUAGGAAGAGGAGGGACUUCCAACCCCCAGAGCCCUGUAGCCUGACCCUCAGGCUCUAACUUCCCUCAGCUCCUGCAUAGGUAGUGGGGGGGGGGGGGGAGACAGCACUUUCUCAAGGGGAGUCAGGCCCCCUGCGUGUCUUUCAAGCCCAGUGCCUAGCGGGGGAGACCUAGUAGAAGUGUAAGGAGCCUGGGACCCAGCUCCAGACUCAGUUUCCCUUCCCAUGGCAGCCAAACAGAGAGUCACACAGGAAGGAAGUGUCCUUCUGUCGGCUCCGAGUAACCACCUGCCCACAGAGGCUGUGACUCAGCCAGCACAGCGGCAUGCACCCUCCCAACUACUGAUAAUUUAAAUGAUGUUUACCCAGAGGGAGAUGAGAAUAUACUUUGCUAUUGCACAAAAAAAGAAUCUUGGAAACUGAGUUGACACAGUCGACUGCUACACACUCCCAGAAAAAUGAGCACAUUCCCUGCUAAGGAAGAAGACUAUCUGUUUCACCUGCCUGCGUGUUCAGGGUGGCUGGGCUCCAUGGAAGCGUGCUCUUCCUCCUCAGGCCCCUGCCGGAUGGAGGGAGUUAACCUGCGCUGGGUUAAAAAGGAGAUAGGAUCUUCACCUCCCUGAGUGUUUGGAGGCCAUGUGGACAUGGUGGGCUGCUGCUUGCUGAUCCCUCCCCCCACCCCCAGCAUAUAGUUAACGUUGAGUACUGUAAGGGGCCCUGUAACAGCCUAUAUGCAUGUGGCAGCCUUCCCAGACCUCCUCCAGCGAAGAGACACUCGCUGUUCCACUAGGGCACACAGCUGACUCUGCUUUGGGGACAGAUACCCAGCCAGGAUGCACCAGAACAUACCCUGACUUCUCAAACGCAGGCCUUUCAGGGAGCCGUCAUCAGCCUCGGGUUCCUGAGAGAAGCCCCCAUCCCCAGAGGCUAAUUCCCAGAGUCCUUCCCCCUCACCACAGUGGGCUCUGGGGGCUGCCGUGUCUUUGCAGAUGGGUCUGUGCUCCACACCGGCCUCAGCCCCAGAGUAACUACUACCUCCCCUGUUGCUCCCAACACCCCCAUGGCCCUUCCCCACACCCCCAUCCAUGAGCCCUUCUUGGGUCUCUGGACCCAGUGGUGUGGCUGCUACCAAUGUUUACAACCAAGGCCCACCUCCUCUGAGAAGUGGCUGCUCGCCCCCAACAAGACCACUUGUUGGUUCGGAUUUCUUGUCUGUCUGCUCCCUCCCCGGUUUUAGCAUGGGACCCUGUGGGGAGCCAGCUCCCUGCACAGUGGGCACAGCCCCCAGAGUGCGGGUGCAGGACUCCUGUUCUGAAAAUAGGGUGGACACACACAGCCUGCUGCAAAGUGCCGGGAGAAGGAUAGUAUUGUAUUUGUAAUGAUAGCAUUCUUUGUAUACACGGAACUCGAUGAUCUCUAUAUAUAAAGUAUAAAUAAAUAUAUAAAUAAAAGAUAUAUACACGUGAGCCCGGAAUGUCGACGCCACACACCCACUGAAUGUACCUCCUCUGACAGUCUGGCCCCCCUGGGCCUACCCGUCCCCCCUCCUCCGCACCGUUUUGGGGGUUGUGAUGUACUUACUGUGCUAUCUCCCUUAACUGAACGCUAAUGUCUGUGAGAGUUGCAACAAUAAAGGAGAACUUCACCUCUUG